AUGGCCGUUGUCGACCCCGCCGCAACUAGGGCGUUGGUUUUGUUCAGUUUGUCAAUGAUUGCUCUACCUUUGGUGUCUCUUUUCGCGUCCCACCAUGUCUUCUCGAGAGUAUUCGACAUCUCAAAUUCUUCUUCCUAUAUUUACGGAGCUAUUGUGGCUGUUGUGACUGUUCAUAUUGUCCUCCUAUGUUUUGUUCUUCACGCAUUCUCUGAUAGUAAAAAGGAUACUCAAACGAAAUCAGACUGA